GUUUUUAAAAUAUAUAUAAAUGGAUAAAUUGUGUAUAAAUGUUCAAUUUCAAUCUGGUCACACCGUCGACAUAUGUCUAUUCAUUUGACAAUUACGUUUUCAUUUUAAAUAGGUUGUUUACUUUCAUAUUACCGCGAAAACUUACAUAUAAUGAAUGAUAAACGUAUAAAAUAUUAAGGUGAUAUUGAUAGAAUACUGCUAUGCCGCGCGUAAAAAUUGACUACGUUGUUAGUGUAACCAGCGAAGACCCAGAUCACCCGGCCAGCAACCUGCUCGCCAACGAGGUGAGCAAGCGGCGCUGGCUGUGCAGCGCGGGCGCAGGCGAGGGCGCCGUGCUGCUCCAGCUGAAGCGCGCCGUCAACAUAUGUGGUGUCCACAUCGGAGCACACCAGGCCGCGUUUGUAGAGGUGCUGGUGGGCUCUGCAGACUGUCCCGUUGACCAGUAUGAGGUGCUGGUGCCGCGCUGCGUGUUCGCGAGCCCGGCGGAGUGUCGGCGGGUGGGUGGUGGCGGUGCUGGAGGGGACCGCGUGCGCAGCUUCAGCGCCGACCAGCUGGCGGAGGGCGCGCGCGGCCGCCGCUGGGACCGCGUGCGGCUGCUGUGCUCGCAGCCCUACAACAAGCACUGCCAGUUUGGACUCUCUUUCAUCCAUAUUUAUGAACCGGAAGCUGUAACGACUGAGUCUUCUGCGGCGGAGGUCCCAGCCCCCAUCUCAGCCUCUGUCCCAACCACCGCCUCGGCCCCCGGCCCAGCCCCAUCCCCAGCCCCCAGGGACACGCUGCUCUCUCUCGGGAACUACUCCUCGGACGAGGAGGAGUUCCAGCCGGGGGCGCUGUUCGCUAAACACCAACAGAGUCUCAAGAAGAAUGACGACAGCGCUAGAUGUAACACAGUUGCUCAAAUAAGAAGAGCGUCGGCACAAGCAUUGAAAGAUAUACCAGACGCGAACACGAGGCUUAAGAAAACUCCUAUAGAGAGCAGCGGCAAGCGAGCGCGGCACCGGCCCGGCGGCAGCGGCCAGGGCGGCAGCGGACAGGGCGUCAGUGACCAGGGCGGCAGCGGACAGGGCGGCAGCGGCCAGGGCGGCAGCGGCCAGGGCGGCAGCGGACAGGGCGUCAGUGACCAGGGCGGCAGCGGACAGGGCGGCAGCGGCCAGGGCGGCAGCGGACAGGGCGGCAGCGGCCAGUGUGGCAACGGAAAGGGCGCGAGCGCGGUGCUACGCGGGGUAGUGUUCGCCAUGAGCGGCUUCGUCAACCCCGAGCGCGCGAAGCUGCGGGCGGCAGGCCUGGCGCUCGGUGCGCGCUACCGCCCCGACUGGACGUCCGACUGCACCCACCUCAUUUGCGCCUUCCCCAACACGCCUAAGUUGAAGAAAGUAGUAGCGAGCUCGCCGCACGCGCACGUCGUCAGCGGCGACUGGCUGCGUGCCUGCCAGCGCACCGCCCGCCGCCAGCCCGAGGCGCCGCACUCGCUGCGCCCGCACCGCCCCCAGCACCAGUCCCAGACCCCGCCCCCACCCCCGCCACCGCCCCGGCGUCGCUCACCCCGCGGCGACGACACCGACGACACUGACGACGAGAUAGAGAAGGUGCGCGCGAACAACAAGAGGCCGCGCCUUGCUCCCGCCUCGCCCUCCGCUCCGCCCACAUCGUCAUCUGAUAACGACGUCUCCUUCGUCUGCGACGAGAGGUUCAAAGGCAGCGUCACGCUCUCGGACGACUCCUCCACCGAGGAGGAGCCGGCAGGGGAGAGCGCGGGGGACGGGGAGGGCUCGCCUCGCCGCCCCCUGCCGCCCUUCCUGGAGGGGCUGACCUUCACGGUGACGGGUGCGGGGGGUGCGGGCUGCGACACGCGCCUGCUGGCCCGCUACGUGCGCGCGUACGGCGGCCUGCUGCUGCAGGAUUCCGAGCUGGAGCAGGGGGCGGCGGUGGACUACGUGGUGUGCGCGGGGGGUGCGGUGGGCGCGGGGGGUGCGGUGGGUGCGGGGGGCGCGCGCGGGCUGCGCGUGCGCGCCGACUGGGUGUGGCGGUGCCACGAGCUGCGCGCGCUGGCGCCCACACUCCCCUACGAGCUGCCGAGCUGA